AUGCCUCUACGUACACUUCUAAGGUAUCUUGCAAACAACGAAAGGCUCGUUCAGAAGAUUGCAGAAUCUUAUCCAGUGCGAAGGGCGGCCCAACUAGCUGUUUCUGUGUUCUUCAGGAGCAAGGAGAAACUAGCAGAUGUCGAUCCUCAAAAAAUUAAUAGAAUAAUGUCGUUUAUAAAUAAAUUUCGCCAAAACAUCAGAGAGGGAAUCGAAGAUGCUAAGAAACAAAUAAAAAAGUAGCAUCCAUGUGAGUCAUACUAAAAUUAGUUAUUUGGUGUAAUGUAGUUAAAUAAAAGUAAUUUUUAAUUGAAAA